AUUUUGACUGUCAAAAAUCAAAAGCAUGCAGUAGAGUGUUGUAAGGUCCAUGUCGGUGAAGUUCAUUAGAUUGUCGCAUCGAAAUAGGAUGUAGUUUGUUUGCUAGAAACAUAACCAGAUAGCUAGCUAGUUAGCUCAACUUCGCUAUGAUAUUGGAGUGCUCAGUCACAGUAGUAUGCUAGCUGUUUGAAUGCUCUAACGUUAGCUUGUCAGUGAAAUCCAGCAGCAGGGUUUGCUAAAGCUGUAUGGUGUGCCAGAAUGCUUACUGUUAUGCAGCAUUUGCAAGCGUGUUCCUUUCUCAAGACAAGAAUAACAGUAUUGCUUGUGCAGUUCACACAUGCAAAACAUUUGAAGAAAUGGGCAGGGAAACCUCCCCCUGGACUCCAUCUAGAUGUGGUGAAGGGAGACAAGCUAGUAGAGAAGCUAAUCAUUGAUGAAAAGAAAUACUACCUGUUUGGGCGGAACCCAGACUUGUGUGACUUCACGAUAGACCACCAGUCGUGUUCUCGUAUCCACUCAGCCCUGGUCUACCACAGACACCUCAAGAGGGUUUUCCUGAUCGACCUCAACAGCACACAUGGUACAUUCCUGGGUCGUAUCCGUCUGGAGCCCCACAAGCCCCAGCAGGUGCCCAUCGACUCCACCAUGUCGUUCGGGGCAUCCACACGGGUCUACACCCUGAGAGAGAAGCCCCAGACCCAGACUAACACCAUACCUGGAGGGGAGGUGAAGGCAGGGGAGGACGAGGAGCUCAAAGGACUGCUGGGUCUACCUGAGGAGGAGACUGAGCUGGAGAACCUGACAGAGUUCAACACGGCCCACAACAAGCGUAUCUCCACCCUGACCAUUGAGGAUGGCAAUCUGGACAUUGUGAGGCCCAAGAGGAAGAGGAGGAGUAGCAGGGUCUCCUUCAGUGAGGAGGAGGUCAUCAUCAACCCAGGUGUGUUAGUUAGGGUUGAUGACCCACGUGCCCAUACACACACACUUGCACACAGACAUGCAAGAACACACACCCGUGCAAAAAUUUCAAAAUAUAAUCCUGUGUGUCUUCUUGUUUUUACAGAGGACGUCGACCCAUCAGUAGGGCGCUUCAGGAAUAUGGUACAGACUGCUGUUGUCCCGAUCAAGAAGAGGAAGAUGGAGGGUCACGCUACACUAGGUCUGGAGGACUCUGUGGCCAGACGCAUGCAGAACUUCCCUUUCAGUGGAGGGCUCUAUGGAGACCUCCCACCCACCAUUGGAGAGGCCGGCUCCCUCCCCGCCAUGGCCCAGGGUGGAGCUACUAUCCUGGGGGGCCUGCCGCUAGUCUUCCCUAACCCUGCUCCCGAGGUGGACCUCUCCCCCACCUCAGCCUCAGCACAGCCCUUCGUCACCCCCAGCCCUGCUGUUAUCCUCGCCCCCGGACCCUACACCACCGAGGCUCUCAACGAACCACGCAAGAAGAAAUACGCCAAGGAGGCGUGGCCAGGGAAGAAGCCCACCCCUUCUCUUCUAAUAUAGGUCAUUUUGAAAAUGGCAACCUAUUUCCCUUAGUGCACUACUGGCCAAAGGUAAUGCACUAUAUAGGGUACCAUUUCAAAUUUGCACAUAGCACCUCCCUGGACAAUAUAAUGGGAGGGGUUAGUAUUAGUUAGGAGAGUGGUCACGUCUCUGGACAACCAAUCAAUCAAGACUUCCUGUACUGUACAAGCUGUGACAAAGGGAUAUAGGGAUCCCUGAUAUAGGGAAAUGUUUGUGAGAAUAAUAUAUUAUUUUGGUUUGGAUGUUUGUUUUUUUUGUCUGCUUCAUACGUAUAUUGUUUUAUUUUUAUUGCUCAACUCACUUAAACUGACAAAGUAAUGUCUGACUGACCUCAGAUUAGCGUAUUGUAACUAACACAGAUUGGUCCAUUGUUUUACAGCUUUAUUUAUUCAUUAUUUUAAACUAAAUGAAACAUUGCUCUGUUGCAGAAAAAUGUCUUAUAAACUCGCUAUUCACUCUCUGACUGUUUGAUUCGCAGUAUGAUUUUGCCUUAGUGGAUAUUUUUAGUGCUGUUGGUUUCACUGAAAACCAUGUUUCUGUCAAUACAGAGGGUAACAUUAACCAGACAAGGCCUGCUAGAUGUUUUAAUAAUCCACUCAGACAAGGCUAUGAACUGUGGGUACAGAUUGGCUUUAAAGAAACUAUGAAGAAACAGAGCAGUUUUUGUGUGUGAGACAGUUGUAUUAUAAUUUUUUGCUAUUUUUAUAUGAGAAUUGGGGGGUUGGUUGAAAUGGAAUCCAUUAUUGUCAGAUAUGUAUGAAAUUCAGUUUAGAAAAGAAAUAAAGUUUAAACAAAGUGACAUGCAGGUUAUUAGAAUUCAUAUCUUUUGAUAUUUGUAUAAUAAACAGUAAUAAUCCAUACUCCUCUCUCCACUGUGUGAGAUGAUGGUGGGAGAGGAGGACUAGUUUAGUCCCUAGAGAAAUCUCCCACUGGGUCUCUGCUGUUGCUUUCAUGUCGCCAGUUUUUCCUUUUUACUUUACAUGAUGCCAUCUACUGAGGAAGCUCCUGGGAUGGCUAAUUAAGGGAUUGUUCAGCUAAAUGAAUGUGAUUGUCUGUUCUGGGAACAUGUCAUAUGUGUCUGUUGCUUCCUCAAGGUGACGAGUUUGACGUAGGUCUCAUCGAAUUUAAACCUCAAUUUCAUCAAUUGUUUUUUGUUUGAGUUUUACUUGUGGGUUUGUUAAAGCAAACAUUGUUUGAAAAGGAAUCUGUCCUCAAAACCAUUCUGAGGUUUUAUAGGGCUAAAAUUAAGAAAUAAAUGGUUGGAAUCCCAUAGAUGGCAGUGAUUAGCAAUGCUUGCUGCAUCACGAAGGGUAUUUAUCCUUCACAAUAUCUAUUUGAUGCACAAGCUGCAGACAAUGUAAAAAAAAUCUACAGUGUGGCUCAUUUAGAAUGGUUGUAUUUCCAUGGUCAAUGCCGUGUCCGGUUCAAUCAACCUAUGUGACUCAUUUUAAAUGGUUGUGUUCUUAUAGUUGUUGAUCUCUUUUCCACCAGAGGGCAACAUGUGUACUGUGCUCUGCUCUCUUUGUGGAAUCGAGAAACAACCCAGGAUGUCUACCUCAGUGGAUCACUAAACUCAUACUCGUUGUGUCACAAAUGUUCUCCAUCUAGGAAUGAAAAUUAAACCAUUAUUAGGAAGACAUUCAUAUUGGAGAUAUUGAUAUUGUUAGUAUUCUGUAUAAAUGAAUAGGUAAUAGCAGACACAGGGUUCAUGAUUAAUAUUGUGAAUAGGACUGAUCAUUGUUGAUUUUGAACGGACCGUGAUAGACUCAUCCUGUCCCAAUUUCGAGGGCCAGUAGUAAAGCUGUCCGUGUUUUGCCUUUUGGCUGGUAUUAUAUAUUUUAGUAACAUCUUAAUGCUUGUGAUAGUCUGCUGUAAGGGAAUGUUGUCAAUACCAUAGUUAUGCUGUGCUCAUUGAGGUGAUCUUACUUAGAGAAACUCUGGGGUGGGUUUGGUAAGAGAAUAUGCAGCUGCACAAUUUCACCUGUAGGGGUCUCUGGGGCUCUUUGCUGGCCCUGCUUUGCUGUCUGUUUUUUGUGUCUCAAAUGGCACCCUAUUCCCUUUAUAGUGUACUACUUUCAACCAGAGCUCUAUGCACUAGAUAGGGAAUAGGGUGUCAUUUGGGAUGCUAUCUGUCUCCCCAGUGCCGAUAAACCACCAGCAACUCCUUAAUCAAAUUUGCAUGAGUGCGCUCAGGUUGCCAUGGCAAUAAUUAUUAGCGCUGCCUAAUUAACUUUCUCAAUUGCUUAAUGAGAUACGACCCUCUGAACUCUUUUUUUUCUUCUUUCUAAUCCAUGUUUUCUUUUUUUAAUUCUCUCCAUCUUCCCUUCUCUCUCGCCUCAGUGUUAACCUGUGACCACUGAGAUAAUAAAAAUAAAUUCUGCCUCA